CAAGAUGGCGGCGAAUUCGAUUUUUUGGAAGCUCCCAGAUAAAUUUUCCUUUUUCUCGCGCAAGUUGAAGAAAAAGGUUGAAUUGCAGGCUUAUGUGAUUGAGUUCAGAAGACUUCUACCUUGCAAUUCUCUAGGUUUUCAAGAGGUAUCUAAUGGCGAACUCCUUCACAGUGUGGUUGGUUUGUAUGACACAUGYCUUCCAGAUAUCACACCAGACGUUUUGUACAGUACUGUUUGUGGAAAAUGGGCCAAAACCUUGGUAUUCAUGCGAAGUUUGUCAGAUGUCCUUACAGAGCAGCAGAAAAAAAUCCACAAUAAAAACAACUCAAAAGACUCAUCGUCCGAUAGUGAUGAAGAAGAGGAAUCCAUCACUAGUCGAAAUCUAAAAUUAAAGUCUGAACAAGCAAGUUUUUUAACAGAGAAACAUGUACAUUGGGAAGAUGACAUUGAAGAGGAUAAAUUGCUUCAUGAUAUGAAAGAAAACGGAGAGGAUGAUUCWGUUACUACAUAUUUUCAGAAAAGCUCUGAUGAAAACGAGAACUCAGAAGUAAAUUCUUUGGAAAAUAAAUCAGAUGAWCAAAAYAAUGUKGAACAUUCUGAYAGUGGAGUAGUUCUAKCACAUCAUUCAAAUGAAAAAAAGGAUGAGWAUAGAAAAAAAGUUGAAGGAAAAGAAGAAGACGAAGACCCUGGAGUCUUUGAUGGUGUUUUCAGUGACUCUGAGGAAGAGCAGGAGUCAUCUGACGARGAAGAAGAUGAUGAAGAAGACUUUUCUAUCGGUGUUGAGGAUUUUGUAUCAGCAGCAAARCAAAGGAAAGCACAAAGAGAUUCUGGAGAUGUAUCAAAUGAAACAAUAGGCAUUGAGUCGCUGAUCGUYGGUGCAGCAACAUAUGAAAGGAAUUAUGGUAGUGUGAAGGACAAAGUUCUACAACUAAGCUUAUUAGCUGUAAGAAAAAAGUUUCAAAAAUGUGGCAUAGGUAAAAUGAUUUUGAAUACCAUCAAAGACCCUACCUUCAUUGGACCCUAUGAUAGCAUAGCAGUUUAUGCUGACCACAGUGCGGUGGAAUUCUUCAAGAAAAAUCUUUUUAGUGAUGACGUUAUUUUGAGUAGUAGGUUUAGUGACUUGGCUGAUCAUUGGAUCAACAGUAAGCUGAUGUGCUAUCUACCACCAUUCACAGGUUAUGAUAUCUCAGGUGUUCACAGAAGUGAUUAUGAAAUCAAGGCAAUGGAAAAUGAGAUUGAGCUAUGGAAAGGCAAAAGUCUCGAAGCCUACCAGGCUCAAGUAAGCUGYAUGAUCAGAAUGCAACACGAAAUCAAGAUGCUCAAAACUUUGGUCGAUACGCAAGAAGAAGUAAUCAAGACKCUAACGAAUUCACGAGAAAAAUUGCAGAAGGAGAAAUUUCGAAUAGAGAAAAAGUUACUCGAUCUCCAGCUGGAAAAAGAAGAAAAUUCAGUGGUAUUGCAGUUGGGCGAGGACGAACCUGAUUCAAAUGACGAGGAUUUCUACGAUUCUCUUGUAACUCUACUCAAUAAACAGCAACUCGACGAUGUCUCCAGUGAUAAACUCGACAUGGAAGCUAUUGCUAAGGGAGACUUUGGUGAUGUGUCGAAAGAGGAUGAAGAACUUCUGUCGACGUUGAUUCAUUCUCAGAGCGAGAAACAACUCAUCCAACAAAUUCGACGCAGUUUAUUGACAACUGGCCAGUACAACAAUGUCAGCGUAAAUACUGUUCAGAAGGUCGAAUGUAGUCACGUGUCGCUUUUGGAGACAAAUUUGGACGGUCGUCACGCAAUGCCUGGUCACGCCCCUGUGGUAAAGCAGCUUUUCUACUGUGGAGAUUAUUYCAGUGUGGACAGUCUAGCCAAUAUCACAGCUCGUGGUUUCACCAAGCAAGACUUCACUCAAGGAAUUUAUGGAAAAGGUCUUUAUUUCACGAAACAAGCUUCUCAAGCGUCAAGAUUCUCCCCGCCGGGUAAACUAUUGCUGGCCAAUGUGAAUUUAGGAGCAACAGAAUCUGUAUUUCAACAAGACAAGAAACGAACUCUUCCUCCGGCAGGAUUUGACUCAAUUUUGACCCCUGGACGUCCAUCGUCGCCAAUAACCCCUCGGUUUUCUAACCAAGCCGAGUAUGUAGUGUUUGACCCAAUGCAGGCCGUACCAGUUUACUUGAUUGAAUACUCGACCAGCGUUAUUUGAACAAAAAGGGUGCCCUUCAAAUCGUCGGUCUGACUAUCUGUUGGUGCCAAGGAAGAUAUUGAUUUACGAAAUUAGAUUAACUAAUAUCUUUAGAAAUUUUAAAGAAUAUUUAUAGGUUUAUAAAUAUGUAAAUAAAAGAAUAGAAAUCAAUGGAUUUAUUUAGAAAGGUAAAUUUCGUGUAAGGUUAAUAAUUGUUUUUAUUAAAAAAGCUUAGUAACUCCAUUUGAAGUGAUCUCAUAU